GCAGGCUGCGGGGCGGCAGGCUGCGGGGCGGCUCGGCGGGUGCCGGUCCCCGGCCUGGUUAUCGCAGAUUUUGGGGAGCAUGGAACGCUGUGAGCGUCACUUGGUUUCUGGGGAGGAUUCUCCAGGUGUUUGCAGCAGAUCUGGGGCCCCGCUGGCUCCCGGCACUGGGGAUGAGGAUCCAGAAAGAAGAGAGGUGAAGCUUGCUCCAGCCUCUGACAGAGGAGCAGAGCCUGGAGGAGACUUGAAAGGAGAAGGUGGUGAUGGACCUGAAACAGAGGAGGAGGAGGAGGAGGAAGCAUCGCUGCUGGAGGAUGUAACAGAUGACUUGGAGAUGGCACCUCAGAGCAUGGCCAGUGAUUCUUCUGAGAUGCCACUGAGGAAGAAAAGGAAGAGGAAUAAAUCAAAGAAAGGUUCUGCCAGCUCCAAGGAGCAGGACUCUCUGCCUUCUCUAAACACAGCACCAUCUCAAACCACAGAAUUGCCCAAUACAUGUGUUAUUCUGCAAGAAACUCAAACCUUGGGCAACGAAAUAGCCAAACCGGGUGCUGGUGUAGUUGCUGGUGACAACAGAGAUGCAAAUGAAAGCAAGAGAUCACUGGGUCGCUUGGGAAAGGAAGCUGGAAAUCUGGAAUUGAUUGCAGAAGGCAGUCACAGCAACGUAGAUGUGAUAACCCUCCUAAAGCAGAGCAGCACAGAUAAUGUGGCUGCCCCAUCUCCAAGCUCUGUAGCUGCAAAGGAGAAGGUAGGGGGUGGAAGUACCACGGAGUGUGGAGAAGAGAUCAGGAGUAACGUGGAAGGGGGUGGUCACGACCAGCUUCCAGAAACCAGACUGGAGUCUCAGUCCUUGGGUAGCAGUAAGAAAGUGGCCUCAACAGAACAGAGAGCAAGUGUUUCCUCUACGUUGUCUCCUGGUACGCCAGCACCUAAAAGUAAGCCUGCAACUCCUCUUGCUGAACGUCAAGACAGAAAGACUCCGCCUGUGGUCAAAGGCUUGCAGGCUGGGAAGGAGACACAAGACAUCAGGCAGAAAGUGAGUUGUUCACCUUCCAAGAAUGAAGACAUGGAGGAGAAAAAGAAGACCCCAAAUGAGAAAGUCCACAAAGUAACUGAGAAAACAAGUCCAACCAAGCGACCUGAAGUAACUGAGAAGACAAGUCCAACCAAAGGACCUGAGGUUACUAGGAGGGGUGGUGCUUCAGCUGUAGCAGACAGGACGGACAAAAUCCAACAAAGGAACCAGAAACCUGGGGGUGAGAUUAAAGACAGUUCUGUGAGCCAAAGCGAUGGUGUUACAGUAUAUUUCCAUGCGAUAUUAUCCAAUGAUUUCAACAUAGACCCUGAGACCCACAAAGUGUUCAUCAGAGCUGAAGGCGUUUAUCCCUAUGAAAACUGGAAAGACAACGUUUGUGAGAUGAAUUGCACCAAGCAUCUAGGACAACAUGGAUACCUCAUUGAAGGAACUGUGACUCUUGCAAAACAGAAUCUGAAUAAAAACAUUGCUUACAAAUAUUGGGUUGAAGGGCAGUAUGAAUUUAUUUACAAGAAUUCAUUAUCAAGUGGUUACGUGAAUCGCUGCUUAUUGAUAAAAAGCCAUUUGCUUAACAACAGAGAAUGGCAUCAGUAUGAUGAUAUUGUGUGCGCAAAACCUUCCGCAAUGAAAAGCGUUUUGAAUAUGAUUUCUUGGAGUAAAACCAAAGAAGUGGUGAAAGGGAAGAUAAUAGCUGCAAACAUUAUGUUAGAAAAUAUCUUCAGCAUUCUUGAAACCUGGAGUCCUGACAACCUGAGAAGCUUCUUACACCAGCUGAAACAGUUCUACACCGUUACAACAGACCCGUGGGUGUACGAUGGCAAGCCAAGGCGGUGGACAGAGUUAAACUUUGGCAAAGAGCAGGUGAAUGAUAUGCUGCUGAAAUAUGUGAGGAAAAUAGCUCUUCCUUUCCUUGCACCGGAAGAUGAAAAAGCAUCACAGGAGAAAAUAGUAAUAAAAAGUAAACUAGCUCUGGGGCUCUCCGUUCUCACGGCAGCUGAAAGCCUUGAGCUGUCAGCAACUAAAAGCUAUCUGUCUGACAUGUGUAGCCUCUUGUGCCUGGAUGAGGUGCCACAGCAAGAAAUACUGGAUGAAAUUCAUGAUAUGAAAAAGGCUUUUGCAGGUCCUCGUUUGAAGUCUCACCUGACAAACCUGUGCCAGAGUUGCAUCGAUGAGCGAGUGGACCAGUGGGUGUGGAUUCUUCCUCUUUUGCAUUUGUUUGACGCUCCUGUGCAGCAGGACCACUUGCUGAUGGAAGAAGGCAUCUGGGCGGGGCUGGAAGGGCUUCCGUUUGCUGAAACAAGGGAGAAGCAAGAUGGAGAAGCCCUGCUGAAAUUAAUGAAAGAAAAGAAAUACUUGAUGGAAUUUGAUAAGACUCUGGUGAAAUCCUGGAUCUGUGUGCUGCCCCCGGAGAGCCUGGCUAAAUUCAUAGAAGACUUCUCCAGUGAUUUGUUAGCUAUUCUUCAAGGUGUUUCUUACAGAUUAGCAAAUGCCGAUGUUCUGGGGCACAAUACUAAGGUAGUAGUGAGUCUUCUAAAGGCACUGCUCUGUACCUUGGAUAAGAAGCAGGCCAGAGGUCUGGAGGCUCGCUCUUGGCAGUUGUGCUUGACCUGUUGCCUCAAGAUGCACAAGAAGAUCUGCAGUUACGCCAAGCAAGGCGGGAUGUACAUGAUUCCUGCCAGCUCUGCCAGGAUGAUUUCGAAGGUUGCCAGUCUUCAGCCUGCAGCAGUUCCAAGAGAUGCUGAGGAGGAAGUUCCAGUGGUAGAAGUAUUCAGUGAAGCUCUGAAAGACACUCGCACCUGGUUCAGAAACGCUUUAAACCAAAAGUUAUUGAAAGAAAGCCUGGAGCACGUGAUAUUCACUUUUCAUUGGGAACUUCGGGCAUGGCAUGAAUUUGUGAUAAUCACCUUUCCAGAUGAGCAGCUCACUGAGAGGUGGAAGACGACUUUACUUGCAGAUUUGGAGAGAAGAAUUAAGGAGGAGCUUCCAGUUAAACAAAUCUUAGUCUACUGCUGUCAGCACUACCGAUUUUCAGGACUUGACUCUUCCAUUGGCUCGUGUUUCCGUGACUGCGCCACAGAGGCUGUAGCUGCGGCUUGCCAGACUCAGAGCAAUCUCCUUGAGCAGAUAUCUUCCUACAACAUGGACCAGUUCAGCCAGCUGGUAUCAACCAUUAUCGUGAAGUCGUGGCCUGUCCCGAGUGGGCAGUCUGAGGAUGAUUUUGAUGUGAUUUUGCAUCACAUGCUUACGUGGUCUGACAUCAAACAUGUCUUCAGCUUUAAUGGAAAGAACAGAAAGCUCCUAGAAAAACUUACAGAAGAAGCAAAGUAUGUCAUAGUUGUGGCAGACGAUGUGAUUAAGAAUGUCACUGAUCACUUGCGGAGUGGGCAUAUCCUUGUGAAACAUCUGGAAGAGAUUUUCCAGCAUGAGAAACAGUUCCUCAGUAUCUGGGAGACAAAGAACCAGCAGCUGGCAGUCGAGGAGAAAGCAGUAAGCCAGCAAGAGCUGAAAAAAUUGCUGCAUUCAAGGCACGAACAAUUAAUGUUUCUCAGAGAAGAGAGAAAAGCAAUUGGAACCUUUCUCAGCAUGUGUAGGAAGGUGCUGGCGUCUGUGAAAGUGGAUCUAGGUGAAUUGGAAUCCCAACACUCAGAAGAUAUUCGCUCACGAGCGCUAAAUUCGUUGGUAAAUAUGAGAAUUGAACCUCUGCAGACCUACUACAGCUUGAGCCCAGAGCUGAAAAAAUAUGUCCAGAGAAUGCACUCUCUUAAGGACAGCCUGAUCUUCCAGCAGUUCUGGGAGGAAGCAGCGCAGAUGGCAGGAGAGUUCUCCGAGUGUGUCGGCUCUGUUAUCGAAUUGCUCCUUGAUGAUGUUUUUGAUAGCCUAAUCUGUCCUUGUUUUGUGAGCUAUGAAAGGUUGUAUGAUGAGCUCAGAUCUGGAAGGCUCACACUUUCUGCAGUUGAUACAAUUUUUCAGGAAUUCACAAAUCAUCCUGAAGAUAUCAAAGCUGAACUAGUUAUCAUGUGUAAGCUUAAACCUGGAGAUGACGGAGGCUGGGUUGAUCAGCGACUUGAGCAGAUCCAGCAAUACCAUGAAAUGCAUUUAACUUUCGAUGCUGCAAAGAUCAUUGCCAGUGUCAAAGAGAGUUUAAGCCUCUCCGGUGACUUCAGUAUCCUGGAAAACAUAUUGGACAUAACAGAAAAACUUGACUCAUACAAGACACAAACACUGGACUCCAUCAACCCUGAGAUUAUGCAUGCCAAGAAAAUGCUGCAAGGGAUCACUGUGAACCGUCGUGGGUGUCUGAAGGAGCUGGCCAAGCAGAAGGAGUUUGUCUGCUGGGUCAGAGAAGCACUGGAAGAUAUGAAUGAGGUGAAAGUAUUUGUGGACUUGGCGUCCAUCUCUGCUGGGGAGAAUGACAUGGAUGUGGACCGUGUGGCAUGUUUCCAUGACACUGUGCAUGGCUACUCUUCCCUGCUCUAUGAGCUCAGGCAAGAGUCAGGGUUUGAGGACUUCAUGCACUGCUUGAAGAAGCUGUGGCGAGCCCUGGAUAGUGAUGAGAACCUUCCCAAGAAACUGCGUGCUUCAGCCCAACACUUGGAGUGGUUGAAAACAGUGAAAGAGAGCCAUGGGUCUGUGGAGCUGUCAUCCCUGUCACUGGCAGCUGCCAUCAACAGCAGAGGAAUAUACGUUCUCCGAGCACCAACUGAUGGCCAAAAGGUUUCUUUAGACAAUGUCCUGCGCUUCACCCUCCCAGGGAGCUCUGGGGAUAAUGAGACGUCGUGGAAAUACUCUCUGGCAGAGCUCCGGGAACUGCAGAACAAACUAAUGCUCAUGUCGGCAAAGGGAGAGCAAGGCUUGGAGGUGGAGAAGUUCUCUGAGGUUUUUUUUGGUGUGCAAAGACUUGCGCAGGCCUUUAUUGACCUUUAUUCAGCUGGGAACAUGCUCUUCCGCUCCUGGCUUGCCUAUGUGUAUUGUUCACCCCAAAAAGAAUCACGAGUUCUGAUAGAAUUCUCUUUGGAAGCAAUCCCAGUGUUGGAAGGGCAAGGAGACAUGGCAGCUGUGCUCCCGUGCCUCUGCAAGACGAUGGAGACUUUCCUGGAGAGUUGGAAAAGCUUCAUGUAUGAAAAACGAUUCCAGCAUUUCUACCUGAACUAUUACACCGCUGAGCAGCUGGUCUAUUUGCGCACUCAACUGGGGCGGGAGACGCCCAGCGAAGGUGCCCUGAUGAUGCUUUCGUUCCUGAAACAAAACUGCACUAAGGAAGAUGUCCUUAGAACCUCCAGGAGUGACGUGCCUCCCAGCUCAGGGAAGGGUAUUUCUGACUUGCAAGCAAUGCUAGAUGAGGAGAAGGACCUGAUCACAGGUCUGGAGUGCAUCUGGGAGUGCUACAUGAGCGACAUGGGCUCCUUCAUCCCAGACUGCCUGGAUAUUGAUACGCUCGGCGAGCAGCUGAAGGAUCUGGCUAGCUGUGAGGAAGAGUAUGUCACACGAGAUUUUCCACAGGAUCUGCUGCGUGUUGAUCAGCCCAACCUCAUCACGUGCCCUCGCUCUGAGGUGCUCACAUCUGCUCUGGCUAUUUACAUGAACAGCCCCGACCAGCCCCUUCCCACUUUUGAUGAAGUUCUCCUGUGCACUCCUCAGACCACUGCUGAGCAAGUGGAGCUCUUCUUCAGGAGGUGCUUCAUUCCCUGCAGUGGAGGAGAAAAAAUUUACACCAUGCUGUACGCAGAUGAGCUGAGUUACGAUGUCAGCUGCAGAGCGGAGGAGCUGUUCCAGCGCCUGCAGCACUACAACAAAACCUAUCGCCUCAUCAUUCUGUGCAACUGCGAGAGGGAGCACAGCUACAUCCCUUCUGUCUUCAGCCAGUACAAAGUGCACAUGAUACCUCAGAGGCAGCUAGCUGAAAUCCAGCAAUACCUUCAGCAUCACUACAGAGUUGCUCAGCCUUCAAGCUCGGCUGCUUCUGUGUUCAAAGACGAUAUGUGUGUUGGGAUUGUGUCCUCCAAAAGAGCUGGUGUGGGGAAAUCUCUGUAUGUGAAGAGGCUACAUGAGAGACUGCUAGAAAUGCAACCUGACUAUACGGAACUUCUGAAAACCAUCAGACUAAUUGAACCAGAAGUGGAUGAAGAUAAAGUGCUAAAAUCUCUUCUGCCUUUUCUGGAGAGUGAGCACCAGACAAAGCCCAUGAUAUUCCAUUUUGAUAUCACCUCUUCAGUACAAAGUGGAGUUCCAGAGUUUCUGUUCAAGCUGUUGGUUUUGCAGUACCUGACAGACAAUGACGGAAAUCUGUGGCUGCGACAGAAGUGCCAUUUAUAUAUCAUUGAAAUCCUUGAGGUACCACCGGUGCCAAAGAAAGCAGCAAGACAUAUGUCAGCGAGCCAGAAGUAUAAUUUCUUUGAUGUGUUUCCUAAAGUAACAUGCAAGUCUCCCAAGGAAGUACUAGAAAUGGUGAUGCUUAGGAACCAGCCCGGGGAUAUUUCAGAGCCAGGAAUGGACCACAAGGAAUUUUGCAGUGAGGCUUUCCAGAGACCUUUCCAAUAUCUUAAAAGAUACCAUCAUGGAUACAAUCUGGACACUUUCUGGUACGAAGCGCAGUCUGUGCAAGGGAGCCCGGCAGAAUGCCUGCAGCAGUUACUCCUGCACUGUGGGAUUGCAGAUCCCUCCUGGUCAGCACUCCGAAAUUUCACAUAUUUUCUCAAUGUUCAGUUGAGAGACUGUGAAGCCUCUGACUUUUGCAACCCUGCCUUUGUCCAGGACAUUUUGUAUGGUUUUAAAAACUUUGUUGUUGCAUUCAUGAUUUUAAUGGCAAGGGAUUUUGCAACACCCUCUCUAAACAUCUCUGAUCAAAGCUCAGGAACACAAUCCUCCAACCAGGAGAAUGUUAGAGAAGAAGAUCUUUUUCCUUUCAGCAUUCGGAAAAAGUGGGAGUCUGAGCCUCAUCCAUAUUUGUUUUUCAAUAAUGAUCGUGCGUCCAUGACGUUCAUUGGUUUCCACUUGCAGCCUAAUAACAGAGGCUGCAUUGAUGCCAUUAAUCCUUUGAAUGGCAACAUUAUCAAGAGUAGUGUCAUGACUUCACAGCUGUACAAUGGUUUGUUAUUCCAGAGGGUUCCCUUCAAUAUUCCGUUUGAUCAAUUGCCUCGUCGUGACAAGCUAGACAAGCUUUGCAUGGUUUUGGGAAUCCGCCACGUAACAGACCCUGAUGAGACGUAUGAACUCACAACAGACAACGUGCUAAAAAUGUUGGCUAUUGAGAUGCGAUUCAGAUGCAACAUCCCGGUUGUCAUCAUGGGAGAAACAGGCUGUGGCAAAACCAGACUUAUAAAGUUUCUGUGCAAGUUACGCAGAAGCUGCGUGGAGAUAGAGAACAUGAAGCUCGUCAAAGUUCAUGGUGGUACUACUGCAGAGAUGAUUUAUGCCAGAAUCAAAGAAGCAGAAGCCCUUGCUAAAAUCAAUAAAGAGAAGCACGGGUUGGACACAGUUCUCUUUUUCGAUGAAGCCAACACAACAGAGGCUAUAAGCAGCAUCAAGGAAGUUCUGUGUGACCACACAGUACAGGGAAAGCCUUUGGCCUCUUGCUCUGGUUUGCAGAUCAUAGCAGCUUGCAACCCUUAUCGUAAGCACACACCAAAGAUGAUUGAACGCCUGGAAUUAGCUGGAUUGGGCUACCGUGUCAAAGCAGAUGAAACUAAGGAUAAGCUUGGAUCUAUUCCACUGAGACAGCUUGUGUACCGGGUCCAUGCACUCCCACCCAGCAUAAUUCCAUUAGUGUGGGAUUUUGGGCAGCUCAACAACUUAGCUGAAAAAAUGUAUAUAGAGCAGAUUGUACAGAGGGUUACUCAAGACAUCCCAAUGGAGCAGUUUGAAACAGAGGUAAUUACAGAAGUGCUUUUUGCUUCCCAGCAAUACAUGAGGCAGAGGGAGGAUGAAUGCAGCUUCGUCAGCCUACGGGAUGUGGAACGCUGCAUGGAAGUCUUCAAGUGGUUUCACAAACGCAGUAGGCUACUGCUGAGAGAACUGGAGAAGUACCUUGCUGAGAAGAAAGCUCCAAAGCGCGUUGUUGAGAGAAACAAGGUUAUCUGGUCCUUGGUGCUGGCACUUGGGGUCUGCUAUCAUGCAUCCCUGGAAAAGAAGGAGCCAUAUAGGAUUGCUAUCAGCCAGGUCCUUCCAGAACCCUAUAAUGCCCAGAAAAAGAUUUUGGAAGAAAUCUCCCUGAUGCAGGAUUUAUUCCUGAGUGGUGUGCACCUCCGAGAUACCAUAGCAAGAAACUUGGCCUUGAAGGAGAAUGUCUUUAUGAUGGUCAUCUGCAUCGAGUUGAAAAUCCCUCUUUUUCUAGUUGGGAAGCCUGGAAGCUCCAAAUCCCUUGCAAAAACCAUUGUGGCUGAUGCUAUGCAGGGCCAAGCAGCUCAUUCAGAUUUGUUUAAGGAACUGAAGCAGAUCCAUCUUGUGUCUUUUCAGUGCAGCCCUCUCUCCACUCCAGAGGGAAUCAUAGGCACUUUCAAGCACUGUGCUCGAUUCCAGGAAGGGAAGAACUUGGACGAAUAUGUCUCGGUGGUGGUUUUGGAUGAGAUUGGGCUGGCAGAAGACUCUCCCAAAAUGCCUUUGAAGACUCUGCAUCCACUUUUGGAAGACGGCUGCAUAGAUGAUAUCCCUCUUCCUCACAAAAAGGUUGGCUUCAUCGGGAUUUCCAACUGGGCUUUGGACCCUGCUAAAAUGAAUCGAGGCAUCUUUGUUUCACGUGGUGACCCCAGCAAAGAAGAGCUCGUAGAAAGUGCAAAGGGGAUUUGUUGCUCAGCACGAGGGGCUUUGCAGAAGGUCGAACAGUAUUUUUGUCACUUUGCAGAUGCAUAUGAAAAUAUUUGCAAGGCCCAAGACAGGGAGUUCUUUGGUCUGCGUGACUACUACAGCCUCAUAAAGAUGAUUUUUGCCUUAGCCAAGAGCUCCAAAAGUGAGCCAACACCUCAAGACAUAGCUGAAAUCGUUCUUCGUAACUUUGGUGGCAAGGAUGAUGUCAAUGCUUUGGAAAUAUUCACCUCGCAGUUACCCGAAAAAGGAGAAAUACGUGCUCAUGAUAUCAGUAGAAUUGAGCUGGUACGGCAGAACAUUUAUAGCAGUGGUCAGGACGGGGAUUGCAGGUACUUGCUUGUUUUGACUGAGAACUAUGCAGCAUUGCAGAUCCUCCAGCAAGCUUUUUUUACUGCCCGACAACAGCCAGAAAUUAUCUUUGGCUCCAGUUUCCCUAAGGACCAGGAGUAUACCCAGAUAUGCAGGAACAUCAACCGUGUGAAGGUCUGUAUGGAAACUGGCCAAAUGGUUGUGCUUCUCAACUUGCAGAACCUUUAUGAAAGCCUCUACGAUGCCCUCAAUCAAUACUACGUGUACCUUGCUGGCCAGAAGUAUGUUGAUUUGGGACUGGGCACCCACCGGGUGAAGUGCCGAGUGCACCCAAAUUUCCGACUGAUAGUCAUUGAGGAGAAAGAUGUGGUAUAUAAGCACUUCCCCAUCCCACUGAUUAACAGGCUGGAGAAGCACUACCUGGAUAUCAGUACUGUCCUGGACAAGGGGCAAAGAGAAAUUGUGAAAGAGCUGAAGAAGUGGGUACAUGACUUCACAGCAGCCAAUACAGAAGAGCAUUUCAUAAAUAAGCAGAAAUACAGCCCGUCUGAUGUGUUUGUGGGCUACCACUCCGAUACCUGUGCCUCGGUGGUCCUGCAAACAACAGAAAGGCUUAAAACAGUGUGUGCUCCUGGUGAACUCAUGCCCUGCGUGAAGAGGGAAGCCCAGCUGGCUCUGCUGAAUUGUGCCACUCCGGACUCUGUGAUCCGCCUCUGCCACUCGGUGGGGUUUUUUAUGGCAGAAUCUCUGGCGAAUAUAUACUUCAAACAGCAGCAUCACACGUCUUUUGCAGACUUCCUCCGAGCUCACGUCUGUGCCGGGUCUGGGUACCAAACGGCGUUUACAGAGGUCACCACCUUCUCGAGGCUUCUCACCAGUGCCGACGCUGCUUGCCUAGAGAGGGAAGUGCAGGGCAAAGCACAAAGGCCUCUCAUCCUAUUCCUGCAGCAGUUUGACACCGAGUACUCCUUCCUGAAGAGCAUCCGAGAUUUCCUUGAUGCCACAUCAGGAAAUAAAGUCCUUAUUAUUCAGACAGACUUUGAAGACGGCUCUCAGAACGCCCAGCUCAUCGCCUCAGCCAAAUACACUGUUGUUAAUGAAAUCAACAAGGCGGACCUGGGAGAAGAUUCUGUUUUUGUUUACUUCAUUAUUAAGCUUUCCCGGGUGGAAGGAGGAACGUCUUUCGUGGGAUUCCAUGGAGGAUUGUGGCAGUCAGUACACAUAGAUGAUCUCCGUAGAUCCAAGGACAUGGUCUCGGAUGUAACUGCCCUACAGAACCUCACCAUCAGCCAGAUCUUCUGUGAAGAUUCAGGCAAAACCAAAGUUGCACCUCUGCCGGCAAAUGGAGAAGAACAGGAGGAAGAAGAAGAGAUGGAGGUUGAAACACCAGUGCCAGAAGCACAGGACUAUGAGGGUGAAAUCCUGGAUACCACUGUACUCCUGAGGACCUGUGUACAAGGUGCUGUGGGGAUGCUACGGGACCAAAAUGAAGUUCUUAAUCGAAGCAGAAAGCGAAUUGAGAUUCUCCUUGGCCUUCUGUCUAAAGAGGAUGACUUGAAAGCCUCUUUCCUGAAGAUAACAAAGGCUCGUCUCUCCAACCUUUUGAAGAAGCAAGAAGAAAAUUCUCUUUACCCACAAAACUGGGUAUUUCGGGAGGCUUCCAACCUCAGUGCUCUACAGGAGGCAGGAACCUUCAGGCACACCUUGUGGAAGCGAGUCCAGAACAUGAUCACUCCAUUCCUGGCUCUCCUGAUUUCUGUCAUAGACAGGAAUAGCAAUCUGGAGCUAUUGGUCACUCCGGCAGAUGAGUGGGUGACAAACCUGUGGAUGUUCAUCUUCAGUGAUGCAAAACUUCUGACUGUCCCUUACAUUGUGGGGCAGAACAGCUCUCAACCAGAGAUAAUUCUGGUGCAGAACAACAUGAUGGUGUCCACUGAUGUGGUGAAUAAGAUGCCCUUCAGCUGGAGGAUAAAGGAGUACUUGGAUGAGUUGUGGUUGAAAGCUCAAUACAUCCCAAACACUGAAGACCAAGCUGAGAAGUUUGUGGAUAUCUUCCAGGAAACUGCACUGGGAAAAUUUAUCUCUGCUAUGACUGAAGGAGAAAGGCAGAUGCUCUUCCACUGCUAUUGCACAGACUUUAUUGUCCUGACCGUUGGUGUGUCCUGCCUAAAGGAGCUGCAGUGUCUGCAAAUUGCGUUAUUCUCCUGCAUAGACGAAUGGAGGGCAGCGUCUCCCAGAAGAGAGGAAACAGUGCCAUCCUUGCCUUGGGUCCACCUUGUAUACAAUCAGUUCAAGAGCCGCCUGCAGAACUUUUCUAGAAUCCUGGCUGUACACCCCGGUGUUGUUGACUGCCUUGUUAAACAGCAACAAUACGAAAUACCAGAGAUGACUUUAGAUGUGUUUGCUGCAAUGGCAUGUGCUGAGGAGCUGCAGGAUCAAGUGCAAACAGCCAAUCCAGAGAUCUGGCUGCAGAAAGUGAAGAGUCUUCGUAUGCCCAUUGAAUUUCUUUGUAAAGAGAAAGAUAUGCUGAGGAAUGAGAGUCGGCGCCAUCAGCUGCUAAAACAACUUGAACUCUACUGGAACCGGGUUUUCUCCAUGUCGCUGUUUGUAGAACAUGUGUUGUGUGGUAUAGGGACUCUGCUGCCAGAAUUUGAGAACAUAGUGAAAAAAUAUGUGUUGCUUCUUGCUGAGUGUUUUCAUCACGAUUCAGACAUGAAGACUUACGCAACUUUUGUUGCAGUCAUGAAAGUGCUGUGCAGCUGUAAGGAUGAAGUCAGCAACAGGCUUUGCAGAUAUGGUUUGAAGCCAUGUGCAAUCUGCCUAAAAGAGCCGAAGGAUCCAGUCUGCCUGCUUUGCUCCCACGUGUUCUGUCUGAAGUGCAUCAGAACAUGGCUCAUACCGGCACAGAUGCAUUGUCCAUGCUGCAGAGUUGCUGUCAGUGAUGUUAAUUUAACUGUCUCUGAGGAGCUCAGUGAUGCCAUAGAGAGAAAUGCCCUAUUCCGGCAGAGAUGCAAUAAUUUCUUCAUAGAUGUGGUUACUACCAUGAGCUUCAAGGACAAUGAACCCCCUGAGACACGGGUGAUCAAAGAGCUCCUCAAUCUGCUGUUUGUUCACAGAAACCUCCUGACAGGUUCAGAUCACCCUAGUGUCUGCACAAAAUUUCUGUCCCCGUUUAAUGAUGAAGUGGAUGAAACUCCCAUCGUCCGCUCUGUAAUGCUGAAGCUCCUCUUGAAGUACAGCUUCAAUGAAGUGAAAAAUGAUGUCCAAGACUACCUGUCCCGGGUAGAGCACAGCAAAAUCCUAGAGAAAAAGGAUAAAAAAGAACUCUACUUGCUUUUUGUCAACUGCUUAGAGGACUCUCUGUGUGAAAAGUCUGAGAGCAGCCUUGGAUAUGAGCAUGCAAACUGUCUGCCUGGAGACAGAGGCUUCCCAGAGAACUAUCUCCCAACGAAUAAUCGAGAAACGCCUCAGGAAUCAUCCGUUGAAUAUUUGCAGGCAGUAGCCAAGGUUCGCUUGUACUUGAAUAAGGCUGCAGAGCUGCUGUUUGACUUGCAUGAGCACACAAAGCAAGACCAUUUAGAGGAGAAGCAGCGUUACCUGGCAAAUGUGAGGACGUUCUGUAGCCUCGCCAAGAAUGACUGGCAUUGUGUUUACUUAGUCCGGAAAAUUGCUAGUCAGUACGGGGUGGAAUUUGCUCAGAAGCUUGCCACAGAGGCAGAGUUUAACUGGGUGUUUCCAUUGGAAAUUCUGAGACAGGUGCAGAACAGCCAGUCUAAUCACAUGGAUAAUUACCUGGCAUGUGGUGAGAAUUACAGAGUCCUGCGUGAUGCUGUGGGGAGAGCCAUGGUUGAGUAUAAGACUGAGGGUCUCCUGGAGGCAGAGAAGGCAUCUCACAGCUCCUGGGCUGUACAAUCUGUCCAUCUGCUCUUGGCUAUUUUCAGAGAGGUCACUGCCCUGUAUGGAGUUAAUGACUCAAAUCUUCAUCCCAAACAACAGCAAACCGAGUUUAUGACUAAGUUCAUCCAAAACUCCCAAGUCCUGAAUUCUCCAGACCUGAAGGAUUUUGCAGUUUCUCUUGUGCUUAAUGCACUGCCAUCUCUGACAGUGGAUCCUCAAAGCUUCAGCCACAACAGAGCACUAAUUGAAAUGGCUGUUCACACCACAGCUGUCCUGCUGUGCGGGCAGAACCCCAUCCUGAAGCCCCUGAGGAAUCUGGCAUUCCAUCCGUACACCAUGGAGCGUUCUUUUCUGCCUACAAUGCCGGAAGAUAUUAUUGCUCAGGCGAUGACCUGGGCAGCAACAAGAAAUAUGCGUUGGUACAUAUGUCCCAAUGGCCACCCCUGCCUUGUAGGAGAGUGUGGCAAACCCAUGGAAAUUACCCGCUGUAUCGACUGUGGUGCCCACGUUGGAGGGUUAGAUCAUAAACGACUGUCUAACUUUCAAGAAGUCAGGUAUACUGUAGACAGAACUCAAACUGGCCACAUUCUGGGAGACCUGCAACACAGAAGAACAAUGGGAGUAUCUGAUCGGGCCAUGACCCCAGCUGUCUUGAUGCUGAUACGCUUGCUCACACAUUUGUCAAUGUUGCUGGGAGCCACAAGACAUCGUCAGUCAUUGCAAAGGAUUAUCAAGCCAGCAGUGGAGGACCCUGUGAGUUUCCUGCAGCAGCAUAUUCAGGAGGACUUGACACAGCUGACAGGAACUUUGGGAAAGAGUGUGGAUGAGACUAUCAACACCCUUCAUCUUGUCCUCAGCAGCCUCCUUAAGGACACCUGUCAGAACCCAGGCCAGUGGCCAGUUCAUUUUGAUGAUGUGCUCUCCACCAAACAGAUGAGAAACGCAUGGGAAGAAAUUGUUGCAAGAACAAUUAUUGCUCCUGCAUUGCAGGACUUGGAUAAAAAACUUGCACAGUUAAACCGGCAAAUACAAGAGGAUGAGAGAAUUUUUUCCAAUCCAGUAGUGAAAAUAGUGUAUGGUGACCCAGUCACUUUCCUGUCCCAGCUGCCGAAGGAUAGUCACAUACAUCAUAACAAGAUGUGGAGCUGCCGAAAGAGGAUUUCAGUGGAGAACCUGGGCCAUGUAGUCCAACAGAAGAACGCCAAGGAUGCUGUCCCUCUCCUUUGGAAGUUUCUGCAGAAGGAAACAGAGCUAAGGCUGGUUAAAUUCUUACCAGAGAUUCUGGCUCUCCAGAAAGACUUGGUGAGGCAAUUUCAGAACACUGCUGAUGUCAAGCGCUGCUCCAUCAGAGAAUUCCUCAACGAACCCUUCUCAGAUGUGAUGAAGGACCUGUUACGGGGGAGAGUGAAAGUGUUUCUGUCUGUUUGGAACAAGCUGAGAAACUCGCUGGACACCAAUGGGGAAAUUAAGCUUCCUAAAGGCUACUGUGAUGCUGACCUGACCCUUGACAGCAAGCUUGAGGUCCUUCUUCCACGUAGACAGGGACUGGGCCUCUGCUCCACAGCCUUAACCAGCUAUCUCAUUAGUCUGCACAAUGACUUCAUCUACUCAGUGAACAAACACAUCAAAGAAGAUGAUAGGUACUUGAUCAGUCCGUCAGAAGUGGCUGACCUGCACGUGAUUAGUUAUGAGGCUGAGAAGGACCUGAUUCCUCUGAUCUUGUCCAACUGCCAGUACAGCAUGGAGAAGGGAGGGGAGAUGCUGCAAGACUUUGAUCUGAAGAAGAUCCAGCAGCAACUCAUCAGCAAAUUCCUGCAGGGGAAACCACUCAUCAGCCUAAUGGGAAUACCUACCCUUGUCUACAGACAUGAUCGGAAUUAUGAACAGCUGCUUAAGGAUGUCAGGAGCAAGCUGCAUCAGAGUGCUCUCCCCAGUUCUGUGAUGAACAUCAUCAGUGGGGAACUACAGUCUUACAGCGAUGUCUGUGAUGCUCUGUCCGUCACUGAAAUUACCUUGGGAUUCCUGGCCAUGGCUGGAGAGAAUGCCGAAAUGCCUCUGACUGAAUACAUAGAAAAAGUUCUGCACAUGGGUGAUCAGACAAACCCUCAUGUACUGCACGCCUUUAGACGAUGCCACCUAAAGCACACUAUAGCCCUAUGGCAACUCCUCUCUACCCGCAAAUCUGAGCAGCUUCUGCGCCUUAAAAGGGAACCUUUUGAAGAUGUCAGCCCAGCCUACCAAGAAGAGCUCAGUCCAGAGAUUGCCAAGCUCCUUAACACCUUCCUUGUCCACUCAAGGCUGGAAACCUUCCUGCAGGAGCUCCAUGAGAUGAUCACCCUGAAGCUGAGACGUGUCCGAGCUGUGGACGAAUUCAAACCCGACUGGAGACUGAAGGAAUGGUUGCUUCCAGACAUUGAUGUAAAAGACCCGGAGUUAGCUGCAGAGCUGGAAGAGACAUUACCAGAUGAGAUUUUUCUCUCUCAUGUUGUUGCUACCUGGAAAGCAGCCGCUCUCUUCAAAAGGGAGCACAAGGAAGCGUAGGAUCGCUAUCACUGCUUGUGCUGUCUGCUUUUCCCUCAUGCCAGGGGGAUUUUAGUGCCGCAGACACAUGGUGUCCAUGAGAAUGGAAGCUCAGGGCCUUGCUUUCGAGGUUUGCUUGUUUGCUUUUUUUUUUUGUUAGCCUUGGUACCAAAAUAAUGAUGCAAAGAUGAGGUGCUUUCACCCUCAAAGAUGAGGGUGGAGAGACAGAUUUUUUUUAAGGCAUCAUUAAAAAAAAAAAAAAGAAAAAGAAAAAGAAAAAUCCAAAACAAACCAAGCAAGCAAACCCCCCAGACAAAAAAAAAACCAACCCCAAAAGCCUCAAAGUCCCUCCCCAAGCACAGGAUUUUAUAACAAAGCAUCACUCCCUAGAGCUUAGGAAGGUGUUUUACUCCCCAAACUCCCUUUCUCUGGACACCUCAUCGCCCUGGACCAAGGCACAACCUCCACUGCCCGAGCCUGCGCUGCUCGCUGCCGCCUUAUUUCCGGAGCAAAGCCCCUUUUCCCGCAGCUUUUUCCUAAUAAAACUGGU